AUGUCUAAAGAAGAAUCUAAAGUUAUCAAAUCUGCAUUAAAAGGAAGUGACUCCACAACAACAAUCACUACCACCACCACCUCUUCAUCAAUUCAAUUUAGAAUAUUUGUUGGAUCUUAUGAACAUAAUUUAUUAUGUCUAUCAGUAAUAUUAGAUCCAUCUAAUACCAAAGAUCCAAUCUUCCAACCAAUUUUCCAUUUCCAAGCUCAUUCAUUAUCAAUUAAAUCAAUGGAUUUAGCUAAAAGAUAUUUAGUCACUGGAUCUAAUGAUGAACAUAUAAGAAUUUAUGAUUUACAAAAAAGAAAAGAAUUAGGUACAUUAUUAAGUCAUAGUGGGACCAUCACCAGUUUAAAAUUUUCUACUGAAGUUUCCACCAAAAAUGAAAAUGAAGACAACAAUGUUGGUGGAGGUUAUUCACAGAAAACUGGGAAAUGGUUAUUAUCAGGAUCUGAAGAUGGGAAAAUUAUAAUUUGGAGAACUAAAGAUUGGGAAACAUUUGGAAUUUUAAAAGGUCAUACGGGUAAAAUCAAUGAUUUAGCCAUUCAUCCAAGUGGUAGAGUUGCUAUACUGGUAUCACAAGAUCAAACUAUUAGAUUAUGGAAUUUAAUGACCGCUAAAAAAGCUGCCAUUUUAAAAAUAAAGGGGAAAGAUCAUUUAGGUCAACUGGGAGAUUUUGUUAAAUGGUCUCCUGAUUGUAAAGGAUCAUAUUUUUUAAUUGGAAUGUUAAAUCAAAUAUUAAUUUAUAAAACUUCAACGGCGAAAAUUGUUAAAAAAAUUAAAAUAUCACCAACUUUAAUGUGUAUGGAUAUUUUAAACUUUGAUAAUAAACAUUGGUUAGUUGUGGGAUUAAGUAAUGGUGUUAUUGAAUUUUAUGAAUUUAAUGAACAAGUAUUAUCAGGGAUAGAAAACUCCACUUCUGAAUCAGAUGAUGAAGAAGAGAAAAUGUGGGAUUCUAAACCAGAAGAAUUGACUGCCAAUUUCACAUUAAGAGGUCAUACUAAUCGUAUUAAAGGUAUAUCAUUUAUUCAAGAUAAUUCAGAAACUCAUGGAGUACCAUAUUUAGUAUCAGUUUCAUCUGAUGGAAGAAUUGUUAUUUGGAAUUUAUUAUUAAAAGAUCAAAUUGCCGUAUAUGAUACUGGUGAAAGAUUAAAUUGUGUUGUUACUAGUCCUGAAGGAAUUGAAAAACUGGAUACUAUGAAAAGAAGAUUUACUUCAUUAAGUCAAAUUACUGGAACAGGUGAAGGUGAAAUUGAUAAUGAUAUCCCUAGUGAAUCUGAAUAUGAAACCGAUGGUGAAGAAAUUAAAAAUAUAAUGCAAGGUAAAAAGAUCAAGAAAGGUAAGAAAUCAAAAAAGAAUAAAAAAAGAAAAGUUAAUGUAACAUUAGAGUAG